AUGGGUCGAAUAACCGAUUUACAUCCUGGAGAAGAUGGACUAGUUCGCGAUGACUUACUGAAGACCUCUGGAACCUAUAAAAGAUCGCUGUCCAAGGGCGCGUGCUUCGCACCAAGGAAGGCGCAACAGAAGAACCGAUCGCUGAGAAGAUUGAUGGCGACAUGCUUCCUCUGUGAAGUGGAGGACGAGCACGUGACAGUUGGCUGCAUCGGCGCCGACUGCGUGAGCAUGUGCCAUCCUAAGUGUGCUGCUCUAGAGGAUGGCGGUGUAGGAUGGAUCUGUGCAGAGUGUAACGUAGACGUCCAUGCACAGAACUCGACGUUGAUCAGGACAGAAAAGCUGACCAGCCUGACGGCUGGGGACAACUACCAGAGUUACUCAGGUGGCGACCAAAUGAGGAUCGGAACUGAUAACGUCAACGAGGCCUCGAAGGAAGCGCAGGACCUGCAGACGGAGCUAAGGUUGUUGGAGGAAGAAGAUCAGUUGCUGCAGGUGCGACAACAACUUCUACAUAGGCGAAAGGCGCUCAUGGGCAAGCUCCCAAGGGAGAGGCUAUCGGAGACUGGCCACGCAGAAAAGAUGCCUGGAGCAUCUAGUACACGGUACCAGAAUGCUGAAACGGAUACAAUUGGCGAAGUUGCCGUUCUGGAAGGAAACGGCAGUACGCAGAGAGCCCACGCUGGGCCCCCAUGGCUCUUUUCUACCAGUGGGGAGGACAACUCAGCUGCUAGGGUCACUAAACCUAUGGGCAGGCCAUCUUACGAACAAUUGACAGCGAGGAAGACUAACGUGGCUGAGUUGACGACGGAGCUAUGCGGAUUCACGGAUGCCGAGAACCUAAUGCGACUUCGGCAUGCGUUGGAAGGACCAGCCAAGAACGCGGUACAAAGUCUAAUGCUGCAUGCGGACUGUGUUCCGCAGAUAAUCGCCACGCUACGAAUGCGAUUUGGUCGACCCGAAAUUAUCAUUGACUUGUUAGUGACAAGGAUUAAACAAUUUCCUCAAGUGAGGGAGAAUAAGCUUGAAAUGCUUGUUGACUUCUCGGUGGAGGUGCAAAAUGUUUGUGCUACGAUGAAAGCCUCCAAGUUGGACCAGUACUUAAACAAUCCAGCGCUCACGCAGGAGCUAGUGAGCAAGUUGCCAUCGAUGGUGCAGACGUUUUGGGACAAGGGACAAGGGGGACAAGGGACAAGACGAAUGCACAAGGCCUCUCUAACAGUGUGUACAAUCCUGCAGGAGUGUCCAGCAUUCCUGGAAAUGACGACCCGCGAUCGCUGGAAUGCUACUCGACGGUGUGGCUUGUGCUGGAGAUGUUUCCAGAGCCACAAGGUGGAAAGAUGCGGCGUUCCCCUUCCUUGCGGAAUAGAUGGAUGCCUAGAACGCCAUCAUCCCCUGUUGCAUCGCGGCAGCACGGCUCCCGUCCAAGCCAGGUGCCAUGCACACCGACAAGAAGGUGUGGAAAUGCUAUUCAGGGUAUUGCCAGUGACUUUGUAUGGAAAUGGUAGGCAAGUCAACACGUAUGCCUUCAUCGACGACGGGUCAUCUCUAACCUUGAUCGACGCCCCAUUGCUAGAAGACCUUGGAGUGAAGGGACAACCGCAGCCUCUAUGUAUGCAGUGGACUGCCGGCAUGCACCGGUAUGAGGACACCUCGGUCAGACUCGACUUAAGGAUCUCCGGCAUUGGCCAAACGAAGCUAUAUGAUCUUCGCGACGUUCACUCGGUCCAGUCUCUUGAUCUCCCGUCACAGUCGUUAGAUAUAACCCACCUGAAAGCACAGCACACACACCUUCAACAUCUACCACUGUCCGGAUACGACUCAGCACAGCCCAGGCUCCUGAUAGGUCUCAAUAAUUGCAAACUAGGGCGCGUGCUUCGCACCAAGGAAGGCGCAACAGAAGAACCGAUCGCUGAGAAGACCCGCCUGGGGUGGACGAUCAAAGGAAGAAGCUCCAACAGUGUGGGUGAUGACAUAACCCCAAACUACCACGUGUUUCACAUAUGUGCAUGUGAAGCUGACGAGAACAAGGAGAUCUUGCGCCUGCUUGAGCAGUGCAUGUGGUCGGACGGCGGCCCUAGACCGGAGAUGAAUAGCAAGAGCGUAUCCAAUGAUGACCAGUUGGCUAUACAGCAGCUGGAGAAGAACACGAAGCGUAUAAAUGGCCGAUUUAAAACAGGUCUGCUUUGGAGGUAUAAAGAUGACAAGCUGCCGGAUAGUUUACCGACAGCCCUAAAGCGGGCACGAUGCCUGUACCAGAAACUGACUCGCGAGCCGGAGCUUGCGAAGGGAAUUCGCCGACAGCUAGAUGAGUACGUGAAGAAAGGAUAUGCACGGCCCAUUACGUCGGAAGAAGCUGAGGAAAAGCCAUAUUGGUAUCUACCUAUCUUUCCCGUGCUAAACGUCAACAAGCCAGGAAAGCUUCGCAUAGUCUGGGAUGCGGCUGCGAAGACGGAAGGGAUCUCGCUGAACACAAUGCUGCUGAAGGGACCUGACCAACUAGCGCAGUUGGUACCAACACUUCACAGGUUUAGAGAGAAACGUAUUGCUAUCGGCGGCGAUAUCGCUGAGAUGUUUCAUCAGGUCAGGAUACACACAGAAGAUCAGAGAUACCAACGCUUUGUAUUUAUAGACCCAUACACACAACGGAGAGAGAACUACGCCAUGCAGUCCAUACUGGAGAAUCACUAUGUAGACGACUCCAGCAGCGUCGACACGGAGAAAGAAGCUAUAAGCCUCGCGCGUCAGGUCCACUACAUUCAUCUUCAGGGCGGAUUCCUCAUUCGAAACUGGGUAUCGAAUUCCAGAGAUGUAUUAAGCGCACUCGGCGAAGGAGCAUCCACGCUAGUGAGACUAGACGAAACAACGGAUGGACAGACCGAGAAGGUGCUGGGAAUGUGGUGGGACACGAAAGAAGAUCUCAUCCGCUACCGUAAAUCCCCACGAUAUCACCAUAAAGAACUUCUCCAAGGAAGGCAACGACCCACCAAACGAGAGUUUCUCAGUGUGUUGAUGUCUAUAUAUGAUCCUUUAGGGCUCAUAUCCUUCUACGUGAUGUAUGCAAAAAUAAUAUUUCAGGAAAUAUGGCGAAAUGGAUGUACCUGGGAUGACCCCAUACCUGAGACAGAAUGGAUUAAAUGGAAGCGAUGGCUUCGGUAUAUCCCGGACGUUGAGAAAAUGACCAUCCCAAGAUGCCACAUGAAGGAGUCGCUGAUGGAUUCAGAAGUGGAGAUGCACACCUUCGUGGACGCAAGCGAGAAUGGAUUUGCCGCCGUGAGUUAUAUACGAUUUCAAAAUGAGGCAGGUAUCCACUGCAGUCUACUGGGCAGCAAAACCAAGGUAGCCCCUCUAAGACCGACAUCCAUACCAAGGCUUGAACUCAUGGGAGCAGUGCUUGGAGCGAGGUUGGCUCUGGAACUUUCACUUGGCGCGAAGCUGAGCACACGGACUUUCUGGACCGACUCGAGGACCGUGCUGAGUUGGCUGCGAUCGGACCAGAGGAAGUACAAACAAUUUGUAGCAUUCCGUGUGAUCAAGAUUCCUCGGAAGGAGAGGGUACCUUCCUCCGAGAACGUGGCGGACGACGCCACUAAGUGGAACAAAGGACCUGAUUUCAACCGAGAAAGUCGUCGGUUGAAUGGGCCGAGAUUUCUUUGGCAAGAGAGGCAAUUUUGGCCGCUGACCGAGGCGGAAGAAGGAGACGAGUCAGGAAUGGAAUUGAAGGCGCAAUUCAUCGGCGUAUGUGACGGAUUCACAGACAUUGGACGCGCGACCCUCAUAGACUCCGAGCGGUUUUCAAUCUGGACCCGUCUGCUAUGGAGUACCGCGAGAACGGUAUGGUGUAUGAGGCGAUGGAAGGCCAAGGCUCUACAACGAUCGGACAUCGAAAAUCAGCCAUCACAAGAAGAUACCAGGGUCGCGGAGAGUCUUCUGUGGUCGUACGCUCAGGCGGAGUACUACCAGACGGAGAUACGGUUAAUUUUACAAGGAAAACCAUUGAAGAAAAAUAACCUACUAUACAAGCUGGGACCGUAUAUGGAUUCCGAUGGAGUAUUAAAGCUGGAUGAACGUGCCAAGAUGAUCAAGGGAAGCGACCGCGUCGUACUCCCCUGCGGCAGCCACAUUACGCAGCUUAUCAUAAAGGAAUAUCACCGAAGAUUUCUUCACGCUAACCACGAGACGGUAGUCAACGAACUACGACAAAGAUUUUGGAUACCAAAGCUGAGGUCCACCCUUGUUCGGAUACGACGCUCCUGCCAGCAGUGCAAGAACCAACAGGCGGCUCCCAAACCAUGCCCCGUUAUAAAUGAAGAAAACAAUAAACAAUUAUCAACAAUGUUAAACAGCAAGCAGUGCUACAAUUUCUGCAACAACGGCGUCAACCACGGCAAUUCAAAAUACCGCGACGUCAACGACUACAUCGAGUACAAAAACAACAACUUUGGAAAGUGUCAAAGUGGACCCGGCCACACAGACUGGAACAUAUCGCUUCAUUCAAAUAAAGCACAAGCUUAG